GUAUGUAUCUACGCAUGUAGGAGUAUAUAUAUCUCCACAUACAACGGGCAGACGGUAAGCAGGAAAGAGAAAAGGCAGCAGUGUCUUCUACAGAGAUUAGCUUAUCGCAAGACACAAGCUUAGGCGACGACAUGGGGCGUUGGUUGAAGCCAGAUGUUUACCCGCUGAUCGCCGCGAUGUCGCUAGUGACGGGGAUGUGCGUCUUCCAGCUCACCAGGAACGUCUUCCUCAACCCCGACGUCAGGAUCAGCAAGAGCCACCGGCAGAGCGCGGUGUUGGAGAACGCGGAGGAGGGCGAGAGGUACAGCCAGCACGCCUUCCGCCGCUACGUCAGCGCCCACCGCCCGGAGGUCUUCCCCGCCAUCAACCGUUUCUUCUCCGAGUCCGGCAAUCAUCGGAUCGAUACUCAGUGCCUUAAAUCUGGGUAUAAUUCACAAUUUGGAGGGAUAUUCCUAACUUGCUUGGGAGACCCAAGCGCAUCGGUAGUUCCUUGGUAUAUGCCGUCUGUCCCUGUCUGAUGUAGAGUCCUGAAUUGGUUGAGACAUGAUUGUGAGAUGUGAAUGUGGAUGAAGUCCAUCCCGUGUGUCAAAUUUCCGUCCACAUAGCCGGUGUGUCGAAUUUGCCAA